AGAGAAACUGGGGCGAUGCUUUAGCUCCUUUAAACAAGUCGACAACCCGGUAGCGGCUGUCAUUGACGUUCAGGGGACACACCGAUACGAGGGGUCGGGGUGUCCUCGGCCAAGUGUCGCAUUGUCAGGGUGAUGUGUGUCGGGAAUAUGAGGGAAAUGGAAGCACAAGUUGAAGUCAUCGCAGAAGGACAAGGUUCGGCAGUUCAUGUCCUUCACACAGGCCGGGGAGAGGACAGCCGUGUACUGCCUGACACAGAAUGACUGGAAACUAGAAGUCGCGACAGACAACUACUUCCAGAACCCAGACCUCUACUACAAGGAAUCCAUGAAAACUUCAGUGGACCGCAAGAAGCUGGAACAGCUCUACAACAGAUACAAAGACCCGCAGGAUGACAAUAAGAUAGGCAUCGAUGGGAUCCAGCAGUUCUGUGAUGACCUGACUCUGGAUCCGGCUAGCAUGAGCAUACUUGUGGUGGCAUGGAAGUUCAGAGCGGCCACGCAAUGCGAGUUCAGCAGGAAAGAGUUCCUGGAUGGCAUGUCCGAGCUCGGCUGUGACAGUCCUGAAAAACUCAAGGCGAUCCUCCCAAGACUCGAGCAGGAGCUCAAAGACACGGGGAAGUUCAAAGAUUUCUACCAGUUUACCUUCAAUUUUGCGAAGAACCCCGGCCAGAAAGGUUUAGACCUGGACAUGGCUGUUGCUUACUGGAAUCUAGUUCUCACAGGCCGCUUCAAGUUUUUGGAUCUUUGGAAUCGCUUCCUGCUGGAGCAUCACAAGCGCUCAAUUCCCAAGGACACGUGGAACCUCCUCCUGGACUUCGGAAAUAUGAUUGCAGACGACAUGUCAAACUAUGAUGAGGAAGGGGCGUGGCCCGUCCUCAUAGAUGACUUUGUGGAGUUUGCCCGGCCGAUUGUGACGGGGAGUAAGCGCAACAUGACAUAGUGUUUUGUCCCGGCAUCGUGCAGGAGAUGCAGUUUACGUUUCUCCCAAUUUUCUUUUUUUGAAUGAGGAUUUUCAUACAAACGAGCCAAAAAGAGACUACUUCUCAACAGGCCUGACUGCAGCUUGCCGUUAAGAUUGUUCUUCCAACUGCAUAAAGAUGCCUUGGCUGGGGAGUGACCUGGAACGGCCGAUCAGAGAGGAGGGCAGGAGGGGAAUCAACAAGCUGGCAGGGACAGACUUUGUAAUUGCAAUAUGGAAAGGAUGGGUACCCUAAAACUCAUCACCUGAGGGCGAAUCACCAACAGGGUUUGGCUUUGAACUGCUGCUGUGGACUCCGCUCACCAGCCUGCACCCUUGGCACAAUGAGGAGGGACGGUCACGGUGAACCUUCAGCACACGCAGAGGAUUAAGUUAAAGAUGCAGUAGGAUGUGGCCUCUUACGUUGUCAAUUGUGAAUGGAACAGUCCGUUAAAAUCUGCAUGUUUUCGUCAGCUUGAGUGAAGCAGUGCCAUGGGUGUGAAAAAAAAUCAGUUACAUUAUUUUUGAAUGUUUGGGAAUGUUUAGCUCCCUUAACAAUCACACGGAGAGCCAAGAGAGUGUGCCUGCUUAUUGUUGUAAGUGUGCGCGUGUGUGUGAUUUUUGCGUUGGGGGGGGGUGGGGGUUAAACAUAUUGCCUCUUUUACAAUACAAUCCUCAAUAUUUUCAUUUGGUUUUAUCAUAUAAGGAGAAGUUAAAUGAUGAUUCGCCCUACCUGAGCGAUGGUGAGAAGUUCAGAUCCACACUGAGACAGAGCAACAUGCGUUUUGAGCUCAGCACCAGCAGAUUUUGUUACAGUCGUAAAAACACUGUACACACAUUUGAAGACAAAUACAUUUGGCUUUAGAGGAAUGAAAAUAUAUAUCUGAGCAAACCGGCGAAGAUGUGUAAGAUCAUGAUUCGUAUAUAAGAAGCAUUUAGGAUCCUCAUUUUUUAAAAUGCUGCUCAAGCAUCUGGUUGACUUUUAGUUGUGACCUGCUGUACACACAAAGAGAAACUGACUGGCACACUGACCGUUUUCUAUUACCCAGGUGAUGACGGUGACAUGCCAACUCUACAAACUGCACUGAUAUACAGCUUUUUUCUGUUGUAGGUUGUUUUUCUUUUUUUCUUUUUGUUAUCAGGCAGCACUGUAUACAGCUACAGAGCCACUCAGUUUACACAACAGUAGGUUCACUUACAUGCUAGACUCUUUAAAGUGCACAUCCCAGCCAGGAGUAUUUUGUUUACACUGUUAUUGAGAUUUUAGUCUGCUGCUUUCCAUGGAUUAGGAACUGCAGGGUGAAGGUUACGGAGGACUGAAACAGUAAAAAUCAAAGAAAAAAAAGUCUGUAUUUCUGUGAAUACAGAAUUAAUGUGUUCAAUCUAGCUAAAUUAAAGUUAAAAUUUUUUGCUGUUAACUUUCGACAAUACGCUUUAUAAACCAUUUAUUAAGCAAUUGUUACAGUUUGUAAACAUCAGCUGCAAUGAUCCAAAUCAGUUACAAAGCAUUUUAAACAUAAGUAGCAAAUUUAUAAUAAACAACUGCUUAAUAAAUAGUUUGAAAAGUAUUUCACUGUUAACAGUGACACUAUUAACUGCAGUUCAAUUAACUAUUAAUCAAACUGCAAUGGUAUGUUGUUUUCACGGUACGAUAAUCUGAAAAGAAAAGAAAAUGUCGUGGUUUAAUGGUAGGAUUGUGUGUGUUGCUAUGAAUAGUAUUAUUAUUUGCAAUGGCCCCUAAAGCAAGGAAGACUCAAAGAAUUUCACAAAAUAUUAUAUCCUGUCAGACAGAAGAAACCUUGACAACAAUGUGAAUUUAUAUUUAUUUUGAAUAACACUAACAUGGUAGAAUUUAAAUACCUUAAAUUAGCAAAUGUAGAUGGUAUGAUAAUCAGCUGUCACAGCAUAAAACAACAUAUGGCUACAACCGUACUAAAAAUCUACCAUUUAUUAAUGAUGGAUAUUAUCAAGUGGUAUCAAACUGAUAAAUACAAUGGAAAACAAAUCCAGAAGCAAAUUUAAACAGAAAUGCCAGUUGGUCACAUUUUACACAGACAUUAAUGCCUGCAUGUAUUUAUUUUUAACAUUAUUUUUGUGCAUUUUUUGCCAUAUUGAUUUAUUUAUUGAGACAUUUAUUAAUUUUGACUGUUUCUGUCUCCAAGAACUGCGACAGAGUAAAGUUUAGGAAUGCUGCUUGUGCUGCCACCUGGAGGCAUCUGUGCAGCACAGCAUCUCUGAAGCCCAGCUGCAUGUGUGGUCACGGGUGUAUGAGAACUGACUCGGCUGUGUUGAUGGAUGGAUGUGGUCGGAAAACUUGAGCCUUUUACUCCACAGAGUUCAGUGCAGCAGUGACCUUCCUUCGUAAACGUAGUGUUUCUCUAUAUGUGUCAUCAACACUAAACAGCUCUGUGUUCACUGAAGAGUGUGACAGAAGGUAGAGCUCAGGUACCAGUCGUCCUCUCCCAGUCAGAAGUCAUGCUUUCUGUUUCCGAACAGCAACAAACUAUGCUAUCUUUGUCUAACUGUUGUCAUGAUAAACUGUUUGUGUCAAGAUCAGGAUGGAUCAUUUCCCCAGUGUACUACUCUGUCCCGUCAACAUCUAACUACAGGGGGAAAUAAUCGUCUUUUGUUUUUCUUUCAAGCUGACAAAUUUGUGUUUAAGUUCUCGUAUUUAUGUCAAAAUGAAGUCAGACAUGAACUAUGGUGCCGUGCAUGAACUAGAUUUGCGUCCCAGACUGAAUGCAGAUGAGAGGCAAAGCAACCAGCUUCCUUCACAGCUGUUAAAUAGCCUCUGCAGGAGCUGGUCAGUGUGGGAUGUCGUUCAUCCUUGUGGCUGAGCAAGUUAGAUACGUGUUGGUGCAAUGAAAUAUCCCAUAUCAAGUGUUUCCGACUGUUGCAACAGCGAGAUGGUGUGAAAGCUUCUACAUUGUUAUCUGUGAUCUGACAUCGUCUGUGAUUCAGGAGUGGGAACAUAUUUCAGUGUUCAGUUUGAUAAAUUUGGUACGUUUUUGUUUGUCAAAUGUGUGGUCAGCUGUUUCUAGUCAUGAAGAUCAUUCUUAUCAAAACAGUAUUAUUUUUCGCUGUCCAGAAAACAGGUAUUUACAGACUAUUAUGGUUUGUCACAGAAGCAAAUCGUACAUUGUUUUCUUUAAGAAAGUUGUCAAUAAAGCAUGUUGUUUUUAACAG